AGACAGUGCAUUAGCUAAGCAUUCAAGCACUCUCAACUGGGAAGCCAGUCUGUGUGCAUGGGAGUGCUGAUCCUCCACUCCCCAGGAACAAAAAAUCAAGAAUUACAAACCUACCAACAUGAGGACAAACUCUUAAACAACAAGAAACAAUCUAACCCUACUUGGAAAUUGUUAUAAUUCAUUUUUUUUUUUACAAAAAGAAACUCUGUUGCUGUUUUCUUCUGGAUUUGUUUCUUCUCAAGAGUGAAGAGUCAGAUCACCAGGUCUGACUUCUGUGAGAUCCAACCACCCCCACCCGACACCGUUUAUUGAUUGGGAAGCUAUGGACAGAAAUAAGGUGACUGUGGGGCAUGUAUAGUCCCCGUAAGUAGAAGCUGUGUUGUGACUUUAUCGGAGACAGUGCUAUUUUCAAAAAACAUUUUUUUUUAUAUUUUUUUUUUAUUUUUUUUUGGUGGGUUGGGAGGUUGCUGCAGAAGAAGUCAAGGAGUGGAGUCAGCUGAAUGAAGCAGUGUCACUGCAUUAGGACAGUUUUGGGAGAGUUUGGGGGGCCAUUUCUUGGAACCCUGUCUGAGGAUUGAGUCUGUGGGAACAGAUGGAGGCGACCAGGUCUGCUUAAGCUCUGGAUUAAAGUGCUGUUUGUUUUUUUUAAGUUUGAAUAUUUUUGCACAUUUUUAAAACAUUUUUUAAACUCUCCCCCCUGCAUUCUCUGGAUUUUUAUUUUGUUGAUUGGAAAUUUUUAUGAUGGAGACUGUGAGCAGGAGCAGCUUUCAGCCCCAUCCUGGUCUGCAGAAGACCCUGGAACAGUUCCACUUGAGUUCCAUGAGCUCCUUGGGCGGACCAGCUGCCUUCUCUGCACGCUGGGCACAAGAGAUGUAUAAAAAGGAGAGCGGUAAAGAACCAGAACCGGUGCUGCAUCUGCCUGUCCAGCCUCCCCCGGUCAUCCCUGGGGGACCCUUAUUUAUCCCCUCGGAUCGCUCUACUGAGAGGUGCGAGACCAUCCUUGAAGGGGAGACCAUCUCCUGCUUCGUGGUCGGUGGGGAGAAGAGGCUGUGCUUGCCGCAGAUCCUCAACUCGGUGCUGCGAGACUUCAGCCUCCAGCAGAUCAACUCGGUGUGUGACGAGCUGCACGUGUAUUGCUCCCGUUGCACAGCUGACCAGCUGGAGAUCCUCAAAGUCAUGGGCAUCUUGCCCUUUUCUGCCCCCUCGUGUGGCCUCAUUACCAAGACUGAUGCAGAGAGGCUGUGCAAUGCCCUACUCUAUGGGGGCACCUACCCACCUCGCUGUAAGAAGGACUUUCCGGGCACCUUGGAGCUGGAGCUCACUGAGAAGAGUUUCCGAGUCUAUCAUGAAUGUUUCGGCAAAUGCAAAGGCUUGUUUGUGCCCGAGCUAUACAUUAAUCCCAGCGCCCCAUGUAUCCAGUGCCUGGACUGCCGACUCCUGUAUCCACCACACAAGUUUGUGGUACAUUCUCACAAGGCGCUGGAGAACCGGACUUGCCACUGGGGUUUUGAUUCAGCCAACUGGAGGGCAUACAUCCUCCUGGCCCAGGAUUAUGGCAAUGAGGAGGAGCAGGCCAGGCUGGGCCGGCUGCUGGAGGAGAUGAAAGACAAGUUCGACUACAGCAACAAGUACAAGAGGAAAGCCAGCAGGAUUUCUUCUGAACUUGCUGCUAAGAAGACCAAAGUCGAAGACGCCAUCCACUCCCCAAGCUCCGCCGAAAAGGAUAAGCCAUCCAAUUGGUUACGGAACCUGUCCAGUUCUAACAAGAAUACCGGAUAUGCCCACUCUCGCCAGCGUCUUUCUGCGUUCCGGCCCUGGUCCCCCGCCAUUUCAGCAAGCGAGAAGGAGAUCUCUGCCCAUCUGCCAGCUCUUAUAAGAGACGGAUUCUACAAUUACAAAAGCUUUGAGAACCUGGUGGCCCCCAAUGUGGCCCUGGCACCCCCUGCCCAACAGAAAGUGAUCACAAGCCCACCGUGUGCCCCACCUGUGCCAAGAAGCCCCGCUCAGUCCAGGAAAAGGAGGCCAACAGCAGAAUUAACUCCAGUAAUCGAUGCACCAGCCCCUCCUGCCCCAGUCAGGGAGGAGGAGAAGGAGUCGGAAACAGAAAUAGAGGUUGAAAGCCGAGAGGAAUGUAAGUUUACCUCCUCGCUAUCUUCACUCUCCUCUCCCUCCUUCACGUCUUCGAGUUCUGCGAAGGAUCUGAGCUCCCCGGGCAUGCUCGCACCUACGGUGAUCAGCACUUCCUACGAAGUGGUAUCGCACAGCGAUGCUCAUAGCAGUGGACUGGAGGCAGAGUUGGAGCACCUAAGACAAGCUCUGGACAGCGGCCUGGACUCCAAGGAAGCCAAAGAGAAGUUCCUUCACGAAGUGGUUAAAAUGAGAGUAAAACAAGAAGAGAAACUUAAUGCGGCAUUGCAAGCCAAGCGAAGCCUUCAGCAGGAGCUGGAGUUCCUUCGUGUUGCUAAGAAAGAGAAGCUCAGAGAAGCGACAGAAGCCAAGCGCAACUUAAGGAAAGAAAUUGAACGUCUGAGAGCAGAGAACGAGAAGAAAAUGAAGGAGGCAAAUGAAUCGCGGUUACGUCUGAAGAGAGAAUUGGAGCAAGCAAGACAGGCCAGGGUGUGCGACAAAGGAUGUGAAGCCGGAAGGAUACGGGUCAAAUACUCUGCACAGAUAGAAGACUUGCAGACGAAACUUCAUCACGCAGAGAAUGACAGAGAACAGUUGCGAGCGGAUUUAGCUCACGAGAGAGACGCGAGAGAACAUUUGGAAAAAGUGGUUAAGGAUCUCCAGGAACAACUCUGGACCAAACCAAGCAGCCUUCCCAGCAGUGAACACACAAGGAAAGAUGUAGAGAACUAAAGCAAAAACAUAUAUAUAUACAUAUAUAUAUAUACAGAAUCAUAAAUACCUUAUCUACUCAUAUACAGAAUUCUACGUAUAUGCACAGGAAGGCGAGGAGAGCGAGCGAUGUAUGCAUGAAUUUGUGCAUGUGUGAGUGUGUGGAGUGUGUGCUCAAGGCACACACAAAUAUGAACUUUCUUACUAGUUGGAGAGAAAAUGUUACUCUAUACAACAGAAGCACUGAACUAUGCCUCUUUUGAACCUUCACAGCACAACAUCUUACUGUGCCUCAGAGUGUUUAUAAUCAGAGUCCUUUUUUGGCUCUCGUGAUAUAUAUAUAUCUAUAUAUAUAUAUAUAUUUUUUUUUUGUUUUGUUUUGUUUUUUU